GCCAAAACUCAAAACCAAAUAAAACACUAUUUAAAAAAGACAAACACUUAAAAUUAAAAAAUUUGCUGUUUUCGUGUAAUCAUCUAUAAAAAUUUUACCAGCCACAAAUCUAUAAAUUAAAAAUAAAAAAAAAAACCAUCAUCCAGCAACGGGAAAUCUGCAACGGAGCAAGGAGAAUUACAGGAUAAUUAACGGCGAAGAACGACAUAAACCAUAGGAAAAGAAAUGGACGCCAUUAUAGUGGGAUCUGACAAGGAGGUGUCCAACACCUCUUCCCAGGCAUCUUUCAUAUUGCCCGAUGACUCCUCACCUUACCGCGCUGGGACUCAAACCAUUAACUGUUGAAAAAAGAGCGAGCCCUAUAUCCACCACGACCAAUACGGGCGCCGUUAGUUUGGUGACGAAAAUGAACGCCAGUGCAUGCUAUAAAAGUUUGGGUAUCAUAAAACGCCUCCGUUCCUUAUCUCCUUCAAAUGCCUUUAGCCCAGAGAAAAGGCUACUCCUGGAUGAGGCCCCUGCAAAAACCAAUAACGAUAAGGAUACUCCAAUUCGCAGCCCCCCUAGCCUCCACUCACCUGUUAACAGUGCCCUCACUGCAAAUUCAACUAUUUCUGUUAACUCUCAGAACAAUAAUGCUAAGUCUAAUGAAAAUGUAGUUAACAGCCCAUUAAAUCUUAAUAACAGAAUCACUCAUGUAGAUAUUAAUUCAAACAACAUACCCAAUGCCCAUAAUGAGACGGGUGCCAUGGGAGUCUCGGAUGGAACUAAAGUCAAAAUACAGUCGGUGCAACUUCUCCGGAACUUUUUCUCAGAAUUAAACAACUUUGCCACAGCAAAUCAUGCCAAACCCUCCAACCCCACCAAACCUGCCACUCCCUUGCCAUCUACUUGCCCGAAAUAG